AUGGGAUUCUCUCGUUCCUCACGCUCGUCCAGCGACCGCAACGGAUCCAUUAGCUCGCGCGAGAGCUACAAGAAGGCUACACUGUCGAGCAAAGCUGAUCCCAACCAGGCCUUGAAUGAAGCUCAACCAAUCAAUCAAGCGGUAUCUGGAACUCCAAUGUUCUCCCUGCGAUCGAUGCAGCACCGCGACAAAGAUGGAAACAUCAUCACUGAUCCCGACCGGUCAAAUCCCACACGGCCCCGUCUGGAGCGACCGCUAGACACCAUCCGAUCGUUCGAGGCCGCCAUCGAGGCCCGCCGUCGAGAAAUGUGA